CACACCCCCGCCACAGCACUGCAGGCGCGUCGUCAUUGUCGCCCCACCGCUCCCCUCCCCACCUUCCAGCAGGCGCAGGCUCUCCAGGGCGUGGGGCGCAGGAGUGGAGAAGGCCGCCCACCCUCUCCUACUUCCUCCACCCCCUCCCCGACCUCCUACCCGCAGCCUGCGCGUCUGCGCAGCCGCAGUUGCUGCGGCUCCAGCUCUGCAGUGCCCCGACUGGGUCUGGUUGGGGAGGGUUCCAAAUCCUGUGCCCAGGGAACCCAAGGGACUCUUGGACAGGAGGAGAAGGAGAAGCCUGCCUUGGAAGUGCCACCUCCUGGAAAGAUGCAGAAUCUCAGGCCGGAGCAGAUCCGGGGGCUGCUGGAGCCGGAGAGGACCAAGACGCUGCUGCCGAGGGAGAGCAGGGCCUGGGAGAAGCGUGCCACCUUCGCCAAAGACUGGGUGUCGGUGGAGGUUGGGGCCUCCAUCUGUAACAGUGAUGAGAAAGAUCUGUCUUCACAAGAGACUGGGCUUCCCCAGGAAUGGAGCUUGGUGGAAGAAGACUAUGAGACAGAGGAGUCUCAGGGCUUUGUGGAGUGGCCAAAAGCCCCACAACAAACGACCAUACUCUUGGUCCUGUGUGUGCUUUUCUUGUUCCUGGUGUUAACAGGGAUGCCUAUGAUGGUUUACAUUUAACUCUAACGGUGGCUCUUGUCUCGAAAGAGAUGCCCUGUGUCCUGUUAAGGAAGGGUGCUGGUUAAACACCAGGAAUGGGUAUUGAAUAUUAUCAAAUGCCUUUUAAACAUCCAUCGAGACGAUUUUGUUUUGUAUCUAGCCUUUUGGUAUGAGGCUUUGCAUUGCUGUACUGCAUUGAACUUAAGACAACAUCGACUGUAAAACAUGUUAUUUUGUAUAUCACUGGGAGAGAAAGAAAUGCUACUUAAUUGUAAGACGCCACCAACUGGCAGCUGCAUCGUCACUUCAGAGAACGUUAAAAAAAAAAGUGUAAGUUGUGUUUGAUGAAAUCUGGUAGAUUUCUUCACAUCACGUCAUCUUUGUCUUCGUGGGAUGUGGGGCACCAGUCUUUUCAGAAACUAAAUUUUAUUUCUUGAUAUUUUCUGUGGGAUUCUUGCCUCUACCUUCAUAUAUAAGAUUCGUACUAUCUUUGCCAACUUUGGGUGUCAUGGCUAAGCUUGCAUCAUAGAAGAACCAGAGUAACUUUUCUCGUUUUCUCUGCUUUCAAAUAGUUUCUGUAGCUUGAGAAGUGUCAAUCCCUUGGCACUGAGAAAGAAUUAGCCAGUAAAGGAGUCAGGUCUUAUAGCUAUUGUGGGGACGUCUCUGCUAAUUCUUGGACAGUUUUCUCAGUUUUUUCUGGUGUAGUCAGUUUAUUAUUCCUUUUUAUGUCACUAAUUUUGAUGAUUUCUAAUGUUCUUUUAUUCCCUGGAAUAGUCUUCAUUCCAUUGAACUUUUCAGAUUAUCGGCUUAGUGAUGCAUAUUUUUUUUUAUAAA